AUGCUCACGGUCCCUCCUCCCCAGCCCCGGCGCCGCCCAGCCGUUCUCGCCGUCGCCGCCCUGGCUUGUUUGUUUCUCGCGGGCGGCGCCCUCACCCCUUCGCGUGCGGCGGCGGAGGACGACGGGACCGCAGCCGACGAGAACGCGGCGGCAGGGAAAGCGGCAAUCACUGCCUUCUAUCAGAUUGUGGAUACGCUUCAGAAAACUCAGACCGCCCAGAACGCCUACUACGGCCAAGUCGGGGCGGCGUACAAGGCAAAGUCAAACGGAGAGUCAUCCGGUCCCUCCGGCCUAGAUCGCGCCGGCACCGACGCCGCAAUCGGCGAAGUCGGCUCUCUGCAGGACCCCGUCCAGAACAACAUGCUCGACGCCGGGUCGGCAUUCGUCACAGGCGACGUGAAGAACCAGACCGAGAUCGACGCGCUGAUGGCGAAGGACGGCGCCAAGCACAAGACGGCCGCCGCGAUGCAAUCGAGCGCCCUGCUCAUGUCCGUCCUCGGCCAGGCGGGUAAGGCCUUCGGCGCUGCCGCGAGCGCCAACGCCAAGCACGCCUUCAAGAGCAAGCCGGCGGUGGACGAGGGGGACGAGCGCCUGUGAGCGCUCGCGGCACUGGCGCCGCCCCGACACCCUUUGCAGUAGGGCCCCGGCUAGGUAGUGCCGCACGGGCAGGCUCCGGCAUGUGCAUUGUGCAGCCUACCGAGACAUGUGCAUGUGCGUGCACAUGCGCAUGUUGUAUGUGUGUCCCUGGUGCCCUAGCGCGCUAGCUCGUGCCUCGUUCCGUGUGCAGCGUGCUCUCGAUCCGUGCAGCGUGCUCCCGAUCCGAGCGAGCGAGCGAGCGAGGCCGAGGGGGUGCAGCGGCCGGCGCCAGCUUUAUGUUUAUCUUUGCUGGAGAUCCUUCCCCA